AUGGACACUGCGAAAGCACCCAGUGUCAUUGGUUCCGGGCAACACCUGCGGCGCGAAGACAUGCCUCCUGUUUCCCAAGUCUCCGAGGUUAAAAAUCCAGUCGCUGCUCCAUCCUCAGUCCCAGCUGAAGAAAAUACUGGCAACGAAGCAAAGAAAUGCCUCUUCAAGCGAAUCUGGAGCAAAGCCAAAGGGCGACUACAUAGCGACGCCAUCAUUGUUGGAGGGGAGCAUUACUGUCCCAUGGGGGGUUGUAUCCCCAUUCGACACGAGUGUGACCACCUUGCUAUUCCAACACUCGAAGAGCCCCAACCCAGGAUCAACCGAUUGUUGGAUGACAAAUGGCUUUCAUUUCGCAAACAGCAUUUUCAGGCAUGCGAGGCACGCCGAUACCACACAAGGUCGAAUAUCGUCAAAGAGUCCCCGACAAACGGGGAUCCUGAGAAAGUAAACGCUGGCAGACGAUCCAUUGGUGCCCCUGAGAUUGCAAUCCCCCCGGGUCAGCAAGAGCAGAGUGACCUGCCCACAGGCCCAAGCCCCGAGAUGAGAGAAAACCGAAGCCAAACUAAAACAAUAAAGCAAAAGACAGCUGAAACCUCUUCAGCAGUCGGGAACACUGUCGAUCCUAAUGCGAUCACUCCUGUUGAAGCUCCCACUUCGUGGGAUCUACUUGAAGUCGCUGAGCAACCCCCUUUCAAAGUUCCUAUACCAGGAGCGACGGGCAGCUCUGCUGUGGGGGCAGCAUCAACUAAUGGCACCGUAGGAAGCAAGAACAGGAGGAAUUCCACAGCCACCAAUGGCACUGCGCCUCGAUUGCCUGUGCACAUGGCUACCUCGCAACAAGAACUGGGCUCUAUCGACAAAAAGACCAAUGUUGGUCCCGAGGGAGAUGUGACUGAGAAAGUAUCCCAGGUAGUAGUGACACUCCCUGAUCCACCGAAGGAUGAUCCGAAGAAGUCAGCCAAAGAAACAGAGCCGACAGCAGAGGGGAAAAGGAAAGUUGCUCAGCCGAUAGCCUCAUGA